GUGCAGGAGGAGAGGCAGGCGCGGAGGGAAGAGGGGGCGUGGACAGCCCUGCUGCAGAAGCCGCGCCUCCUGACAGCGCCCAGUGGUGCCAGUGGCUGAAGGGAAGGCACCACCCACAGCUGCGCUGGGGCGGGUGCAGAUUUUUCUGCUGGCGCAUUGCAGAUGCAAAAACAAACGAGGGGCAAAUAAAUAACAGGGAGUCUUCGCGGGCCGGGAGUUGACCUCCCCAGGAUUCCAGGGUACGUAAUCCCGGCCCUGACGGAGAUUGGGGCGCUGAGCCCCACACACGGCGGGGGUGCCGCGGCUGCAGUCGCUCCCCAGAAUUUUCUCUGGGUCGCGGAAACAGCGCCCCCUGCAGUCGUCCGGAGGAGCCCCAGAAGCUGGUCAGUUACAGCUUGGUUCAGCCAUGUCCAGUCGGAAGUACAAGGACAGGCAGGACGACCAGCCUGGUGGUGCCCGUGGAGACCCGUACUGCCAGCCAGGGCCAAGCCAUCGGAGCCACGACUCACCCAUGUACCCGUCAACUAGCUCCCACCAUUCUCCACCAGCGCGCCCCAAGACACAGCCCCCAUCACCCCCAGGACCCUCUCGGCGGCCGCCUCCACCACCAGCACGCCCGGGCUCAGCACCAUCAACCCCAUGGAACAGCUCAAGAAAUGGUGGUGCCAAGGACAACACUGCCCGCAGCUUCAACGAGAAGCCGCCAUUCCCAAGCAGGGGGCCCAAGGCCAGCACCGGCCCCAGGCCUGCACCACUACACUACUGCGAAGUCUGCAAGAUCAGCUGCGGGGGACUCCAGACAUACCGGGACCAUCUGGAAGGGCAGAGGCACAGGAAGAAGGAGGCGGCUCAGAGAUCGGGCGCGCAGUCCAGCGGUGCUGUGCAGGGCCAGCUGCACUGUGACCUGUGCUCUGUGUCCUGCACCGGGGCGGACGCCUAUGCUGCCCACAUCCGGGGAGCUAAACACAAGAAGGUCUACAAGUUGCACACCAGGCUGGGGAAGCCGAUUCCCACCAUCGAGCCCGUACCGAGGAGCUCCACCUCCACCCGUGAACUGGGCGGCCCCGGUGAAGCCCACUCCAGUGGGCUCAACCCCAGCAGGCCAGCCAGGGGCCAGGCAUCCCGGCACAAUGGAUCUGAAUCACACUCCCAGGCAGGGAGACCCAAUGCGGAGAGACCCAACGCAGAGCGGGGAGUUCCCGACCAAGCUGCAAGGGACUGCUGGGAGGCAGAGCCAGUGGGCACAGACUUCGUGGAGGAGGUGUGCAAUGAUGAAGGGAAGUUGAUCCGCUUCCGCUGCAAGCUGUGCGAAUGCAACUUCAAUGAUCUGAACGCCAAGGACAUGCACGUGACCGGGCGGCGACACCGGCUGCAGUAUAGGAGGAAAGUGGACCCCAGCCUUCCCAUUGCCUCGGGGCCCAACGUGCGCCUGCAGAAGGCGCUGGCUGAGCAGCUGCACCGGCAGAGGCAGGUGGCCCAGAAGAAGCUGGAGGACAUGCGACAGCGCUGGCGCGCAGAUCUGAGGGAGCAUGAGGAGCGCUGCAAGCGGGUGGAGGAGCCGCAGGAGCAGGAGCAGCCCGCGGGAAUGCCGUCCUGGGCCCCUGGGCCCAGUACUAGCAGCCAGGGGACACCCUCAGCCCCUCGCCAGCCCAAGCGGCGGCCAGAGUCCAGUGAUGACCGCCAUGUCAUGGGCAAGCACGCCACCAUCUACCCCACGGAGGAGGAGCUGGAGGCCAUCCAGAAGACCGUGUCCCAUGUGGAGCGUGCCCUCCGUAUGGUGUCCGACAUGCUGGCUGAGGAGGAGCAGGAGAGGGCAGAGGAGGAGGGCUAUGAACACAGUGGCCCUCGGGCCCUGAAAGGUGUCAUGCGUGUCGGCAUCCUGGCAAAAGGCCUCGUCCUUCGGGGAGACCGGUGUGUCAAGCUGGCCCUUCUAUGCUCCCAGAAGCCCACACGCGCCCUGGUGCAGGAGAUCGCAGAACGGCUGCCUGAGCAGCUCCUGAUUUUGGCCGAGGAUAAGUACGAGAUUUCCUCUGACCCCGAAGACAACGUGGUCAUCUCCUCCUGCGAGGAGCCCAGGAUACAAGUCACCGUGUCUAUCACUUCGACCCUGAUGCGUGAAGACCCUUCUGCCAACCAAGAAGGAGCAGAGGAGCCUCAGGAUGAGCCAGAUGACAUCCUGAGCCAGGAGAGGUGCCUCGAGUCCCUGGCCGCCCUUCGCCACGCCAAGUGGUUCCAGGCUCGAGCCAGUGGCCUGCAGCCCUGCGUCAUUGUCAUCCGUGUCCUGCGAGAUCUGUGCCGGCGCCUGCCCACCUGGGCAGCCCUGCCAGCCUGGGCCAUGGAACUGCUGGUCGAGAAGGCGCUGAGCAGUGCUGCCAAGCCCCUGAGCCCGGGGGAUGCCGUGCGGCGGGUCCUGGAGUGUGUGGCCACGGGCACGCUCCUGCCAGGUGGACCGGGGAUCCAAGACCCCUGUGAGAAGGACCAGACGGACGCCCUGGAGUCCAUGACUCCCCAGCAGCGGGAAGACGUGACAGCCAGUGCCCAGCACGCCCUGCGCAUGGUGGCAUUCCGGCAGAUCCACAAGGUCCUGGGCAUGGACCGUCUGCCAGCCCGAAGCCGGCUCGGGGCCCGCGGGCGGAAGAGGCCAAGAGAGGCUGUCCAGGCCCCGGGCAUCUCCGGUGAGAGGAAGCGGGGCCGGAAGGGGGGCGAGGGGCCCGUGUGAGCCCCCCGCCCGCCCCUGGCGGCUUUGGCGCGUCUCCUCCACCCAGGCAGCCGGGCACACAGGUGUGCCCACCAGCUGCAUCUGCCCCCCCACCCACACCCCGGCAUCAAGUGGUGGCAUUGUCCUUCCAGUCGUGUUCUGUAGAUUUUUGUCACACAUUGUGCUUCACUUGCUAGAGAAGUCACGGCCCCCCAGUAAGGACCCACCCUCGGCCCUGUCCCUCAACCCCCACCAGGCAGUCCCCAACCUGCUACUUCCGCUGGCUUUCAACCCGCCCCGUGGUGUCAUGUGCAGUGUGUGGCCCCCGUUCUGCCUGCCCCUCUGAUGAAACCCCUAAUCCUGUCCUGAGCCCAGUGGCAUGGAAGCUGGCCCUGGAGAUCCUAGAAGGGACCUGGGAGAGAUGUCCCCCAGGCCAGCUGUAUGUGGGGACAGCCAGCGCCAAGGUGGUGUCCCCCACCCCUCUGUGCACACAGGGCCGGCACGAGAGUACGCCAGACAGGACCUCCGCCCUCAGCCACUAUCCCCCCCCCCUGCUGCCCCUAAAGUAACACUGGCUGUCCCCUUCCCCCCAGUGCUGUGAUCCUACAGUGGAACCCCGGCCCAAGACCCCCGCUCUCCCCUCACCCCACACCUGAGUGCUUUCCACAGAGAGGGCUACUCGGUGGUUGUGUGCUGUGCCGGGCUGGGGCAAGUGACCCCCACUUUUCCCUUGCAGAAGCAGGGCCUGGCCCCUACCCCACCCAACCCCCAUUUUUCCUUCACAAUGACAUGGGAGAGACUAGGCCAGCUCUGGGCCUCCUGCCCCCAUGCGCAUUGACGCUGCUGACUCCAUUGCUCUGGAUUUCAAGGCUGGCUUGCGUGUGGUGUCGCAUCCGGUCAUCUGUGUAAAGCCACCUGACACGAAGGAAACACGGGGAAUAAAGGAGAGGCGCUUGUACACUGUGUGGCCUGUGUUGUCUUUUCACCUCCUUCCCUGAGUCCUGGGGUGGGGUUGGA